AUGAGUCAUGUGGCGGUGGAAAAUGCGCUCGGGCUGGACCAGCAGUUUGCUGGCCUAGACCUGAACUCUUCAGAUAAUCAGAGUGGAGGGAGUACAGCCAGCAAAGGGCGCUACAUUCCUCCUCACCUAAGGAACAGAGAAGCUACUAAAGGAUUCUACGAUAAAGACCCUUCCGGUUGGAGUUCUAGUAAAGACAAGGAUGCAUACAGCAAUUUUGGAGCUCGUGGCGAUUCCAGAGGAAAGUCUAGUUUCUUCAGUGAUCGUGGAAGUGGGCCACGAGGAAGGUUUGAUGACCGUGGCCGGGGUGACUAUGAUAGCCUUGGUGGCCGUGGUGACAGAAGCGGCUUUGGCAAAUUUGAACGCGGUGGAAACAGUCGCUGGUGUGACAAAUCAGACGAGGAUGAUUGGUCCAAACCACUCCCGCCAAGUGAACGCUUGGAACAGGAACUCUUUUCUGGAGGCAACACUGGGAUUAACUUUGAGAAAUAUGAUGAUAUUCCAGUGGAGGCAACAGGCAACAACUGUCCUCCGCACAUUGAAAGCUUCAGUGAUGUUGAGAUGGGAGAGAUUAUUAUGGGUAACAUUGAGCUUACUCGUUACACUCGCCCGACUCCAGUGCAAAAGCAUGCUAUUCCUAUUAUCAAGGAGAAGAGAGACCUGAUGGCUUGUGCCCAGACAGGGUCUGGGAAAACCGCAGCGUUUCUUUUGCCCAUCCUGAGUCAGAUUUAUACGGACGGUCCAGGCGAGGCCUUGAGGGCCAUGAAGGAAAAUGGAAGGUACGGGCGCCGUAAGCAAUACCCAAUCUCCUUGGUAUUAGCACCAACCAGAGAAUUGGCAGUGCAGAUCUAUGAGGAAGCCAGGAAGUUUUCAUACAGAUCUAGAGUUCGUCCUUGUGUUGUGUACGGUGGUGCUGAUAUUGGUCAGCAGAUUCGAGACUUGGAACGUGGAUGCCACUUGUUAGUAGCCACCCCAGGGCGGCUGGUGGAUAUGAUGGAAAGAGGCAAGAUUGGACUAGACUUCUGCAAAUACCUGGUGUUGGAUGAAGCCGAUCGGAUGUUGGACAUGGGGUUCGAGCCUCAGAUCCGUAGAAUAGUUGAACAAGACACGAUGCCGCCCAAGGGGGUGCGCCACACCAUGAUGUUCAGCGCCACCUUCCCGAAGGAGAUCCAGAUGCUUGCUCGUGACUUCUUGGAUGAAUAUAUCUUCUUGGCCGUGGGAAGAGUUGGCUCUACCUCUGAGAACAUCACACAGAAAGUAGUUUGGGUGGAAGAGCCAGACAAACGGUCGUUUCUGCUUGACCUUCUAAAUGCAACGGGCAAGGAUUCCCUCACCUUAGUGUUUGUGGAGACCAAAAAGGGUGCAGAUUCCCUGGAGGAUUUCUUGUACCACGAAGGAUAUGCAUGCACCAGUAUCCAUGGAGACCGAUCGCAGAGAGACAGAGAGGAGGCUCUGCACCAGUUCCGCUCAGGAAAAAGCCCGAUCCUAGUGGCCACAGCAGUGGCAGCAAGAGGCCUGGACAUUUCAAAUGUGAAGCACGUCAUCAAUUUUGACUUGCCCAGUGACAUUGAAGAAUAUGUGCAUCGCAUUGGCCGCACAGGACGUGUGGGAAACCUCGGUCUUGCCACCUCAUUCUUUAAUGAGAGGAACAUAAACAUCACAAAGGAUUUGUUGGAUCUGCUCGUUGAAGCUAAACAGGAAGUGCCGUCCUGGUUGGAAAGCAUGGCUUACGAACACCACUACAAGGGCAGCAGCCGCGGGCGGUCUAAGAGUAGUCGCUUCAGUGGAGGAUUCGGUGCCCGAGACUAUCGCCAGAGCAGCGGCGCCAGCAGUUCCAGCUUCAGCAGCAGCCGCGCGAGCAGCAGCCGCAGCGGGGGAGGCGGCCAUGGCGGCAGCAGAGGGUUUGGUGGAGGUGGCUACGGAGGCUUUUACAACAGCGAUGGAUACGGAGGGAAUUACAACUCCCAAGGGGUUGACUGGUGGGGUAACUGA